UGAAUCAUAUAUCGAGAUUCUCUCUCACGAUGGCAGAAAUAUCUCCAACUGACCAUGAUAUAGACCAUUAUAAACCGUCAAGGGAGGUCUAAGAGUAAUGUCUUCUAUAUAGGAGUUGUUUCCAAAAUAAGAAGGAAAAUCUUCAAUAUAUGAAGAGUUACAAGUAGAGAAGGAGAAGGAAGUUUCAAUGUGAAGGAAAUCUUCUGGAAAUAGUUACGUCUCAGAAGAGUUAGAAGAGGGAAGAUGUCAGGCAGAGGCAGAGGCAGAGGUAGAGGUAGAGGUAGAGGCGAAGGUCACCAUAGACUCACUACGGCAGAGUUAGCUGAUAUGGUUGCAGCUUUAAAUGACUCUGUGAGGAACUUAGAGCAUAUGAUUCAGAAUGGAGGAGCAGGGGUGAAUGCUCCAGCUCAGCAGGAGGGAGCAGAAGUAGAAGAUUAUGGACAACAGGAGGAAGCUGGAGAGGAUAUUCCAGCACCACAGGAGGAACAGGGUUUAGAGGUUCCAGUGCAACCAGAGGAAGCUAGAGUGGUGGCACCAGUUCAACAGGUGGAUGUACUCGCACAGGGAGUACAAACAAAGUCUCUCAUUUAACUACAAUAAUAAAAACAAAUGAAGAAAAAAAUAAAAAGAUGAAGAAAAUAAAAAUAAAAAAAAUGAGAAAA